GCUGCAACUGCUGUCGUCUGUGCCACCUGCCGUGGCCGGGUCUCUGCCCCGGAUUUGGGCACUUCUUCCCCGUUCUCCUUGCGCCCAUGUUCCCUCCCGGAGCCAGGGCGGCGGUCCCGGCGGCUCCGGCGUGGUGAGAGCUGUCCGGGGACGAUGAAGGCCCUGCACUGCAGCUGCUGCCUCAGCCGCCUUGUCGCCUCCGCGCUCCUGCUGCUGCUACUCCUGCCAGGGUUAAGAGGGCCCUUGUCGGUACUGCUGCAGGCGGCCGAGGCCGCUCCGGACUCCCGACCUCUCGACGGAGGACCGCGGACCCUGCCCCCACUUCCGCCUGGGCCCACCGCCGCCCAGUCCCCGGGCCCGCGGGGCGCUGAGGGUGGCAAUGGCAGCAACCCCGGGGCGGCGCUUGCGGCGGAUGACCCAGCAGGGAAGGCGGGGGAAGAAGGCUCAGUGGGUGGUGGCCUCGCUGUGAGCCCGGACUCUGGCGACAAGCCCAUGACCCAGCGGGCCCUGACCGUGUUGAUGGUGGUGAGCAGCGCGGUGCUGGUGUACUUCGUCGUCAGGACUGUCAGGAUGAGAAGAAGAAACCGAAAGACUAGGAGAUACGGAGUUUUGGAUACUAACAUAGAAAACAUGGAACUGACACCUUUGGAACAGGAUGAUGAGGAUGAUGAUAACACGUUGUUUGAUGCCAAUCAUCCUCGAAGAUAAGAAUGUGCCUUUUGAUGAGAGGAUUUCAUCUUUCUACAAUGAAGAGCAGAAUUUUUAUGUUUAAGGAAUAAGAAGCCACUUUAUCAAUGGGGGGGGGUAUUUAAGUUACAUAUAUUAUGACAACUUUUAAUUUGUUAUUGCAAUAAAUACUGCAUAAUUUUGCUAUGUCUUUGUACAUAUAGAAGUGCUCUUAAUGGGCUUAGAGUUAUUUGGAGUAAACUGUGCUAUAAUAGAAAUCUGUUUGAGAGUUACUGUAAAGCAGGGUGUUUUCUGACCAGUUUUAGUUUCCUCCUUACCAUAUUAUUGUAAACUGUUUCACAUUCUAAUUUGAUUCUGGUUUGUUAGUUUUCUUUGUUAGUUAAUUUUUCCUGGAACUAUAAAUUUCAACAAGUAACUGAUGUGUAAAAAUAAUUUAAAAAGUUCUUUAUCAAGAUAUAUUUCCCAUUUUUGUGGGGAAAAGAAGCCAAAUUUAUUACUUUGCAUUUGGGUCUUUUAAAUAUUAAUAAA